GAUGAGUAGUCAUACUCUUUGGUCUGGUGUUGUUGUGUGAAGCUGAUAAUCGUAGAAGAAGAAAGUAUGGUGCUAGCAUCAAUGGCUAACACAAUGAUUAUCUUUUAAUACUACUACUAUCGCACAUGGACGAGUAUGUUACAGAUAUAGUUUGCUUUCAGAAUGACGCUUGUUGUUCGGCACCCAGUUGACAAAUAACACAUUGAAGUAUACGCGCCCAAGCAAGCAAGCAAGGUAUUGACAUAGUAGCCUAAUGCCUGUCAAGUUUGUUGUUAUCUGGUUGACAUCCACCCAUGGAGACGUAAUAACGAGAUUUAGUUUUCUUCUCUCUUGCUACGCUUAACAAAGGAAAAUGAUUUCUCAAGUGUUCAUCUUGACUUCGAAGGGGGACCACCUUCUAUACAAAGACUUCCGGGGUGAGGCUGGAGAUGAUGCCAUCAGUGCUUUCUAUGAAAGUGUGACAGCUUUGAGCGGAGACCAGCCUCCUGUUGUAAUGACCCACAAAGGAAUGAAUUUUAUACACAUCAGACAAGGAGGACUGUAUUGGGUCGCCUCCACAAAGGCCAAUGCGUCUCCCUUUACCAUAAUUGAGUUCCUGAAUAGAUUAACAGCUCUUACAAAGGAUUAUUGCGGCACUUUGUCUGAGAAGUCGGUCAGGGCAAACUUUGCCCUCAUAUAUGAGCUGCUGGAUGAAAUGGUGGACUACGGGUACAUCCAGACAACAUCCACCGACAUCCUCAAGAACUUCAUCCAGACAGAGGCGGAGAGCUCUAAACCCUUUAGUCUGUUCGACCUCAGUAACGUAGGACUGUUUGGGGCAGAGACGCAGCAGAGUAAAGUGGCCCCCAGUGCGGCUGCCUCACGCCCCAUCAUGGCACAUCGCGGAGAGCAGGGUGGAAAAAACGAGAUGUUUGUAGAUGUUAUUGAAAGGCUUGCCAUGGUCAUUGGCUCCAAUGGCAUUAUAAUGAAGGCCGACAUUGAAGGAGAGAUCAGGGUUAAGUGUUAUCUGCCAAACUGCGCAGAGAUGCGGAUUGGGCUGAAUGAAGAGCUCAGCAUAGGAAAGUCACAACUGAGAGGCUAUGGGUCUGCUGUGCGUGUAGAUGAAUGCAGUUUUCACCAGGCGGUUAAGCUGGAUGAAUUUGACUCCUACAGAAUCAUUAAAGUUUGCCCUAGCCAAGGAGAGCAAACAGUAAUGCAGUAUCAGGUGUGUGAUGACCUGCCUUGUGGACCUCCGUUCCGCCUCUUCCCCUCCAUAGAGAGAGACAGCGGCAACAGGUUAUUGAUGUAUUUGAAGCUACGUUGUGACUUGCCGCCUAAAAGUGCUGCUAUCAAUGUCUCCAUCACAAUCCCUGUCCCAAAGGCCUCAGUAAGUCUCUCCCAGGAGCUCAGUAGUCCAGACCAGCGUGCCGAGCUGCAGCCCAAGAGUAAAGCAGUGUUGUGGGAGAUCCCUCGCUUCCCUGGGGGCUCCCAGCUCUCCGCACUCUUCAAGCUGGAAGUUCCAGGGCUGUCAUCGGCAUCUCUGCUGGAAGUAGGGCCGGUGGGCAUGUGCUUCGAGCUGCCAAAGCACACCUGCACCGGCCUGCAGAUCCGAUUCCUCCGCUUCACACCCACCCAGCCUGGACCGGCCCAGCGCUGGGUCCGCUAUGUCACCCACUCCGACUCCUACACCAUUCGGGUCUGACCACCAGAACUGAAAAAAGCCAGAAUCACUGCAGAAGGACUCUGCUCAUUUUCUCUUAACUUCUUGGAAUAGACGGCGAUGUGGCCCAUGUGCUUUUGAUGGGAUGAGGACUUGGUAUGCACUUGUGCUAUUGUACAUACUGUAUGUUGAGAUGUUUUUUUCCCCUGUAUUUCAUGGGAUACAUGGAACCAAUAAAACUAUUGCAAUUGU